AUGUGGCCGUUCAAGAAGGAGCAGGAAUACCAUGUGGUAGCAGGAGAAGAUGUGUCGCCAAUAAGUGAGCCGGAGAGCGUUGUCUCGGCGGCACCAUCAGAAAAGCGCGUCGCCAAAGGGCAUAUUGCUGGCUACGUGACCGGUGUCGUCGUUGCCAUAGCCGUGGCAGCAAUCGCAAUCAUCCUCGUCCUCACCAUCUUCCGGACCUUAUUCGCCCCGACGCCCAUCGCAGACGACAUCGACGACGGAAAAUGCAGACGCCGACACGAAUGGCGCACCCUCAGCGCAACGCAGCAACAGGACUACAUCUCCGCCGUGCGCUGCCUCCAGUCCACGCCCUCGCCCUUUCUCAAACGCAACGGUACUACGGCGUACGAUGACUUUCCCUGGCUCCACAGCCAUGUAGGCUACUCGACACAUCACAGCGCAGCGUUUCUGCCCUGGCAUCGGUACUUCUUGGCGAUAUAUGAGAUGGCACUGAGGGAAGCUUGCAGGUACAAUGGAGGGUUGGUGUACUGGGACUGGACAUUGGAUUCCCAUGCGCUUGAGAAGAGCCCAGUCUUCGACGCAAGCUCUGGAUUCGGUGGUGACGGUGAAGUGGGUGCUGAAAUCACCGUUGGUAGAACCGGACGCUGCGUCGUAGAUGGACCUUUCGCUCACACACGAGUGAACUACUACGAUAUCAAGUAUGCGCCGCACUGUCUAUCUCGCGGAUUCCGGAAUAUAGCGGGCGAGCUGGGACAUAUUGACGGCAAGGACGUCAGCCCCCAAUCGGUGGAGGAAGUGCUAUCUGCAGGGACCUACGAUAAGUUUGUGAAGCUUAUGGAGAGUCGUGUCCACGACGUGAUACCGUUCGGAAUCGCUGGUGACUUCGAGACCUUCUCUGCACCGUACGAUCCACUGUUCUUCCUACACCACACUCAGCUCGAUCGACUGUGGUGGCUGUGGCAGCAGCGAUCGCCGGAGCGGUUUCUUUGGGCGUAUGGAGGUCAUAAGUCACGGCAUACGAUGGGAUUGGCCAGCUUAGAGGAUGACCUGGAGUAUCGUGGACUGGCUGAUGAUGUGAAAGUGAAAGAUGUGAUGAAUACUGAGACGGGCGUGUUAUGUUACAGAUACUGA